AUGCAUCAGAUGUAUGCAAGUAUGGAACUCCUUUGGCCUUUCACAGUGGCACAAUAUAAAGGCGGCGCACACCUGCACUUCCCUUUUCUUGCUGUAUCUAUUAUUGCUCUCCUGUUUCUAGUCUCUAACACUACUACUACAAUUACUGUUACUAUUACUACUGUUGCUGUUACUACUACUAGUGUUGGUCCAGGUAAUAAUGGUUCUCCGGAUCUUUUCUUUUCUUCUUUUUGGUCUUUUUCUCGUCAUAUCAAUAUCUCUUUUUGUUUUUAUUCUUCAUUUUUUUCCCUUUUUUUGCAGGCGAAAAGAAAAAAAAAGAAGAAAAAUGCUUUAGAGAUAAAUUAG